UCCCGCCUGCAUUUCCUGGAAAACUCCUUGGAAGCCCAGCCUCCAGCUCAGCAAAUUCAGGACCCCUCUCCAUCUGGACUUGACCAUGACCCUGUCCAUCCCUCUGGGAGCUCCCCACCGACUGCUUCCUAUAAAAGGCAGGCAGAGCAGCUGGAGGAGCAGACAGGCUGAGCCAACCUCAGACCCCAUCUUGCCCUGAAGGUCCCACACCCAGCCUCCAACCUGAUGGUCUCUGCAGCGCUUCUGUGCCUGCUGCUCACGACAGCCACCUUCAGCACCCAGAUGCUCGCUCAGCCAGAUGCACUCAGUGCCCUGUCCACUUGCUGUUUUACAUUUAAUAAUAAGAGGAUCCCCUUGCAGAAGCUGAAGGGCUAUCGAAUCACCAGCAGCCAAUGUCCCCAGGAAGCUGUCAUCCUCAGAACGAAACUGGGCAAGGACAUCUGUGUCUCCCCAAAGGAGAUGUGGGUCCAGAAUUACAUGAAACACCUAGAUCAACAAUCUCGUACCCAGAAGACUAGAACUCUUCCAACCACUGAGACGAAGCCGGAGUAUGAGAAAUGACUGUUUAUGCUCCGCCAGCCUUCCUGUCUAUACCCUGGACUAAUUCUGCUGUAAUUUUCAAGUAGGGUGGUUUCUGUUGUGGGAUAUAAAAUGUACUACG